AUGACUUAGAAUUUUAGAUUUGAUAAUUACUACAAUAAAACUCAGAUUGAUAGUUUAUUUUGUGAAAUUGAUGACUCAAUAAACACAACUUGGAUUUUGAUUUCAGCCAUAAUGAUCUUACAAAUGCAAAUAGGUUUCGCACUACUUGAAUCAGGUUCAGUUCGUGAUAAAAACGCAGCUAAUGUCCUAGUGAAAAAUGUAAUUGAUACAAUGACAGGAGCAUUGAUAUUUUAUGUCUCUGGUUAUGGGUUGAUGAGUGAACAGGCAGGGGGGAUCAUUGGUAGUGGCAAGUUCAUGGGGUCAAACUUCAAUAACUCAGACUAUAAGAAGUGGUUGUUUUCAUUCAGUUUCUGUGCAAGUUGCACUACACUUGUCAGUGGAAGUCUUGCUGAGAGGACAUACAUGGAUACUUAUGUAAUAUACACAAUGAUUAUGACAGGAUUCAUAUAUCCAAUAAGUGCUGGAUGGGCUUGGGGUGGUGGAUGGUUGCAAAAUCUAGGCUAUCUAGACUUUGCUGGAAGUGGUAUUGUGCAUCUUAUUGGUGGUACAGCUGGCUUUUGGGGAACCUUUAUUCUUGGACCCAGAAUAGGAUUCUUUGGUGUAAGCCAUCUCGAUAAAAAUCUCUUAAGUGACAGGAAAAUUUCUUAAGUUAAACCUAUGAAUGGCAAGAAAAUAGAUGAACAAGAGAUAGAAUUUACAUUUUCAACUUCCUCAGAGCUACCAAUGCAAGCAAGAAUCAGAAUAUUCAAGAAUGAACUUAAAGAAUUCGAGAAAAUGAGUGAUUCAAUUGUAGAAAAUAUGAUACUCAUUUAUGACCAGAAUUUAAAUAAAAAGUUUCAAUACAGCUCGAUGACAAAUAUAGUAAUUGGCUCUUUAAUACUCUGGAUUUCCUGGUUCUUUUUUAAUGGCUCUUCAGGGUAUACCAUAACCGAAUUAUCCGAAAAAAAUUUGCCUUAAAAAAUUGUCAUGAAUACACUAAUUUGUGGAACUUUCUCGGGAUUAAUUGUAUUUAUAUUUAAGCCAUAUUUCAUGAGGAAAGUAAGUCCCGUUAGUAAUUUUAAUCCAGCUAAUAUUAUUAAUGGAAUGUUAGCAGGCCAUGUAACAAUUACAGCAAGUUGUAACAAUGUUGAGGUAUAUUCAUCUAUAUGUAUUGGAAUUCUAAGUGGCUUUUGGUACAUCUUAAGCUGCUGGUUCAUGGUCAAAAUAAAAGUAGAUGAUCCUCUUGAUGCUUCAUAAAUACAUGCUUUUUGUGGUUUUCUAGGGGUAUUAACUGUGGGGAUAUUUGAUAACGACCUAGGUGUGAUAUAUACUAAAUCUUUUAAGUAGUUAUUAGUUCAGUUUAUUGGUUGUCUUGCCCUAAUUGCCUGGACAUCCGCUUGUUCAAUACCUUACUUCUACAUCAUAAAUAAAUUAAAAAGAUUAAGAGUCCCAGCAAUUUAUGAAAUUAUUGGACUUGAUGCCAUGCUUCACGAGAAAAGUGAUAAGAUAAGUUUUGUUUCAGAUCAUUAGACGACUUAAAUGUUCUAAACUGACCUUGAUGAAAUAGAUGAACAUACAGAUUAAAAUGAACCAAUAAUUUCAGAAAACGAGAAAAUAUCAGUAGGAAUGUCCUAUAUGGAUUUAAGAAUGAUGCAGGCUAUUAAAUGA